AUGAAAUUUCCAAUCGAGACUCCAAGAAAACAGGUGAACUGGGAUCCUCAAGUGGCUGUUCCCUCACCAGUGCCAGCUUGUGAACCCGAGCCCAAAGCAAACGGGCAUUACACAUCUCCACGACUCUCUGUUUCCUCCCGAGCAAUGGUUGUCGCUACCAUGGAAGCACCUUCUCAGGGCCUGCAGACAGUCAUGAAGUGGAAAACGGUGGUGGCCAUCUUUGUUGUGGUUGUGGUAUACCUGGUGGCUGGAGGACUCGUGUUCCGUGCCCUGGAGCAGCCCUUCGAGAGCAGGCAGAAGAAUACCAUCGCGCUGGAGAAGGCAGACUUUCUUCGGGAGCAUGUUUGUGUAACCCAGCUAGAGCUGGAGACACUGAUUCAGCAUGCUAUUGAUGCGGAUAAUGCAGGAGUCAGUCCCAUAGGAAAUUCCUCUAACAACAGCAGUCAUUGGGACCUUGGAAGUGCCUUUUUCUUUGCUGGAACAGUCAUCACAACAAUAGGGUAUGGAAACAUUGCCCCAAGCACAGUUGGAGGCAAGGUAUUCUGCAUCUUGUAUGCCAUCUUUGGCAUUCCUCUGUUUGGCUUCUUGCUGGCUGGAAUUGGAGACCAACUUGGAACAAUCUUUGGGAAGAGUAUCGCAAGGGUGGAAAAGGUUUUCAGAAAAAAACAAGUGAGCCAAACAAAGAUCCGGGUGAUCUCUACCAUCCUCUUCAUCCUGGCUGGCUGCAUUGUCUUUGUGACCAUUCCCGCUGUUAUCUUCAAACACAUCGAGGGAUGGACAGCCUUGGAGUCCAUCUACUUUGUGGUUGUCACUCUGACUACUGUUGGUUUUGGUGACUUUGUAGCAGGAGGAAAUGCUGACAUCCAUUAUCGAGAGUGGUAUAAACCUUUAGUGUGGUUCUGGAUCCUUGUUGGCCUUGCCUAUUUUGCUGCUGUUUUGAGUAUGAUUGGAGACUGGUUAAGGGUCCUGUCCAAGAAGACAAAAGAAGAGGUUGGAGAAAUAAAAGCCCAUGCAGCUGAGUGGAAAGCAAAUGUGACAGCUGAGUUCAGGGAGACACGGCGGCGGCUCAGCGUGGAGAUCCAUGACAAACUUCAGAGGGCAGCCACCAUCCGGAGCAUGGAGCGCCGACGCCUGGGCUUGGACCAGCGAGCCCAUUCCUUAGAUAUGCUGUCUCCAGAGAAGCGCUCAGUCUUCACUGCCUUGGAAACAGGACGCUUCAAGGCCUCAUCUCAGGAAAGCAUCAACAACAGGCCUAACAACCUACGCCUUAAAGGGUCCGAUCAACUCCACAAGCAUGGGCAAGGGGCAUCUGAGGACAACAUCAUUAACAAAUUUGGAUCAUCUGCUAAGAUGACCAAAAGGAAAAACAAAGACAUCAAAAAGACCAUCCCUGAGGAUGUGCGUAAAAUUUAUGAGACCUUCCGAAACUACUCCUUGGAUGAAGAAAAAAAGGAAGAAGAGACUGAGAAGAUGUGUAAUUCUGAGAACUCUUCUAGCACUACAGUCCUGACCAACUGCAUCCAGCAGCACUCAGACCUGGAGAAUGGAGUGAUCCCCACUGAAACCAAAGAAAGGGAACAUGAAAACAAAGCAUUACUUGAAGACAGAAAUUAA